AUGGUGACAGUGGUAUUCAAACAUCAAAGUUCCAAUGCGUCUUCGUUGAGCAUUGCUGGUAACUUCACGGGCUGGAAUAUAGUGCCUAUGAUUAAGAACGAUGCCAAGAAACAAUGGGAAUAUGAAAUUGCGAAAGAGUCACUAGAAAAAUUCUCAGCAACAGACCAGAAGCCGAAACUAUUCUUCAAGUUUGUCGAAAAUGGAUCCAAUUGGUUUACGGACGAGAAUUUUGCUAAGGAAACUGAUGCAAAUGGUAAUGUAAAUAAUGUGCUUGUCAUUUCAUCUGAAGAUGAAGAUGACAACAGAUGCGAACAAGAUCGAGAUGUUGAAAGCGAAUUCAGCGAAAACGAAGUGACUCCACCACCCACCAAAUCCAGGACCGAGCAGGACUCGCCUGUUAUGGUGAGCGAUUCUGAUGUGGAAAGCUAUAGGGAUGCCACUACACGGCAAGGCGAGACUGAAGACGAAUCAGAUGAUUCCGUAAAAGGUAGUCGUGAUUUGACAACUGGGACCCAACCAAGCAAUUAUACGCAUUUUUUGCACAGAGUGAUUGUAUUUUUCAAAAAUCUGUUCUAUGGCUGGUUUGGGAUGGGAUCGGCAAGAGCACCUUGA